AUGAGUAGGGCUAGGACAGUGCUCCAUGAGUGGAAAUUCGCUAGACACUAUGGUUCAGCAUAUGCUACGCGCUCAAUAGGGAUUUUAGAGAAUGAACAGCGCAGGAAGGCUCCUAAACUAGCGGAGUAUAAAUGUAACGUGGACAUGGCAAUUCUUUCAAAUAGUCGCUUUGGUAUGGGGAUGAUUAUUAGAGACAGCACCAGUUCCUCUUAUGCUGGUAAACUCCUUAUUCAACCUAGCUAUUCUGAUCCACAAAUAAGGGAAGCUUUGUGCUUUAGAGACGCAUUAAGUUGGUUGAAAUCUUUGCCUUAUUUUCCUAUUUGUGUAGAAACGGAUUGUCAAAUACUCGUUCAUGCUUUGAGAGCUCCACAGUUCCUUUCGUCUUAUUUUGCUUUGAUAGUCAAUGAUUGUAUGGCUCUUUUAAGGGAGCUGCAAUUUAUUUCUUUGGCUUUUAUUAGAAAGUCAGCGAACCAAGUUGCUCAUACAAUUGUUAGGGCGGGUAGUUCUAUAUCUUGCAUAAUGAGAAGUAUGUCCUCUUUUCUUAUUUGA